AUGACAUUUGCUUCAAUUGAAUCUGAAACAGCCACCUUUUUUAAUAUUACAUCAGUACAAGUUAAUAUUUUGGCCAUUAUAUUUUUCUUUCUCUAUAUACCGGGUACGGCUUUGGCAAUAAAGGCGUAUCAAAAGUUUUCCAUGCGCAAUGGAAUGAUCAUCGGUGCUCUUCUAAAUUCGGGCGUAUGGAUUCGUCUAUUCGCACUCAUCUCACCUAAUCGUGGCUACGCAGCUCUUGUGAUUGGUCAAAUUUUUCCGUCUAUGGCAGGACCUUUCUUUCUGAACUUGACCGCAGAAUUCGCUGCUCGAUGGUUUCCACCAAAACAGCGUGAUAUUGCCACGGCUUUAUGUUCUAUGGCCAAUCCAUUAGGUGGUGCUGUCGGUUCUCUUCUACCAUCGCUCGUUGUCAUUGAUGGUUCAUCAUCGCACCAAUUUUUCCUUCUUUUAUUGAUUGAAGCUGCUUUCACUACAUUGGCAGCAUUCUUAGUUAUUGUCGUCAUUCGAUCAGAACCUCCAUCGCCGCCAUCACCUUCAGAAGAGCAUCAUCAAUCGAUCGAUAUCAGGGAAGAUCUUAAGCGUUUGCUAACUAAUCGUCACUAUCUUAUUCUUCUCUUCGGCUUUGCUCUUGGAUUUGACCAGCAUCAGCUCGGAAAAUCAUCCAACCUGUCAAAUGCAAAACACCCGAAGUAUGGUCCUGAUCGCUCUACUAAUCUUCGUCUUGAUCGUGAUGAUGAUGAUGCUGAUAGAGAUGGUUAUGAUGACGACUGGGAUUGA